CCACUGGUUUGCUAACUUGUGUUAGCGCAAGUAAACCAUAGGCAAGGAGAAGCCAAUGACCAAUCAUGAUUGCAACAAGGCGCUUGCUUCCAAGCAGCUGACGGAACCCCUAGGAGACAAAUACAAUGUGAGAAGUUCUUUUAACCUUUGAUCCUUAUACAAGAGAGGAAAUCACCCCCGAAACUGUGGCACAUCCAACCGCAAAGAAACCUACUGAGGAGUGGUGAGUAAAUCUCACUACUUUUGGAUACUUUUAAGGUACCAGAGGUGGAGUGAGGGUUUCGUUGUACAGCGACGCUAUGGAAGAAGAAGAUAAUUUCGAGGACAAUGAUAUUGCGCUGGCAUUCUCUGGCGGUGGAAUUCGAUCGGCGGCCAUGUGCUCAGGUGUWCUUCGCAGACUCCUCCAGAAAAAUAUUAAAAUCAACUACGUCAGUUGUAUUUCAGGAGGAAAUUUCACCGCAGCAGCUUACUUGGACUGGAAGUUUCGCCACGGGAACGAAGAUGAUCCAAAAUGGCACCAGGAAUUCUUCGACCACAUGAGAAAAAGAGUGGGUUAUAUUUGCCAAUGGAGGAGCUUGUGCAGGGGAAUAGUGGAUACAAUCUUGCUUCUUUUGUUAAUGGCUGUGGUGAAUUUGUUUAUUCCUUCGAUAGUUUGGGGUGGAAUGGCGAUUCCUGUAGCCUAUGUUGUGGACUUUGUCUUUGGUGACAUCAUGCGUGCAGGAUUUGACUGUUCGAACAAGACCAUACCACAAACAAAAAUUUUCACUGCUCGAAACAUCACAAAAUGUGGUAACAUAUAUAACUUAAAUGAUCCUGGGACAAAAAACCAAGUCAUCUUGUUUUCAACUCUAGCUGUAAUCUUUCUCGCACUCUACGUAAUCAAAAAAGCCAUCAAGAGUGCAACAAGAGUCUGUAGUUUUCUUCAACUCGUUGCUGGAGUUAUACUUGGAUUGCUUUUCAUACCGUGGUUCAUGCAGCAGUUCACAGAUAUCAUCCCAUUAUGGAUGAAUGUUUUAAUUCUUGGUCUGAGUAUGUUCUUCUGGUGCGGUUUUCCCCCACUGAGAGAUUACGCUGCUCUAGCAAUCGUCUUCUAUCUAUAUGGGUAUAUCAUCAAGUGGAGAGUCUAUCGUUCUGGCUUUACGUUUGAGUACCAGGAAUACUACUUUUAUACCGCACUACUUGCUGCUAGUGUUGUGUUAUGGGCAAGCCCUUACUUGGGAGUCUUGAACCGUAGUGGAGCUUAUAACUUCRUCAAAUGGAGACUUCAAUAUGCAUUUUUCACGCCUCAAAGUGUCGGUCGCUGUGGUUGUGGUGGAAUCACGUGUUCUGAUCUGUUCCCAGUGCUUUCAACCCUUUGCGAGUGCUCAGACUGCAACAAAAACCAUCGUAGUCGAGCUCUGACAUUAGCAGACAUCAUUGAUACCAAACCUGAGUACAUUAGUAACAUCGUGGCUGACUAUUGGCGACGUGACCCUAAAUCAGUACCUGAAGCAAUGAUAGGCUUGUGUAGUAAGAAGAUCGAGAUCAUCACUGAACAACCUGGACUCGAUAAGUUGACUUGUAAGUUGAAGCCUCGGCAUAUAAAGCUUGCUGAUGCCAUGAGCACUGCAGCAAUGGUCACUAAACCGCCUACAGAACUCGAUGACAAGUAUGAACCGUUCAGAGAACUUCAGUUGAUCCUUGGGCUGUCAGCUACUAAAAAUAUGAACRCAACUCCAGAUGAUGACUUUGGAUGUAACUGUGAAUGGUUUAAGAUCGUGCCUAUUCUCCUCCAGAGUUUUGCAGGCGCACCCCUUAUCUUUCUAGCAGUGGUAUGGCUGGCUGAUCUGGGUUUUGAGCCAAGUUUCAUCGAACAGCUCGUCAUGAUCGUAUUUCUUUGCUACAUAUUUAUUUUUGCCUUUGUUGCUAUGUUACCAACUGGAGGAAAGAAACCUUGGUGUGCGGAGUCAAUUGUCAGAUGGUGUCACGUUCAUCUCUAUCACGUACGCUUUCUCAGAGAGAUCCUUAAAGUCAGCAACAUCGGACCACUCCCUCCGGCCAUUUUGUCGCUGAGUGACCUGGGUCGAGUGGAGAAGUAUGGGCUGUUACCUCUGUUCAAGCGACGAAUGAAGAAGAUCGUCAUCGUUGAUGGGAGUUUCUUGAAGUCAAAUGCAGAGUAUACUAAGUAUCUUUUACGCUCGCUUCAAAUGGCGCGAGAGAUGUUUCACUGCGAGUUCACUGGCUAUGGUGGUCGUGACAUCAUUGCCGAGCUUCACAAGACUUACUUGGCUCAUCCGUCGGGCAAGCUCCCGAGGAGUUAUCGAUUCAUCGUAAAAUACUUUGAAAAAACGAACGACGGUUAUGUUGAAGCAAGCCAAGGAAAAGUCCUCAUACUCUCUCCCAGACACCCAGACGAAGGUUUUGACUUCCCAUUSGGCAAAGAUUCUACAUGGGGGGAAUACACACGUGACACAAAUAUCAAACUCGACCCGAARGACUGGGGAACAGGGCCCGUACUCACCAGUGCAGAGACAGAUCGCUUAACGUUCUGCUGUUGUGAGUGUUGCCAUUGCAACGUUGGGGUGUGUCGCUUAAUUUCAUCGAAAUUAUGUUAUACCUUCCCCCGUCAUUCGACUGUCAACCAGUUUUUUACUCCAAGUCAUUUUAGUGCUUAUCACAGGGAAGGUUAUCGGGCUUGUAUUGAGGCAGACGUGGAAGAUUUCUUGGCUGACAACGGUCUUCAAAACAUUUAAAUUUAAUAAUAAUUCUAAAUUUUAAUUGCAUGCAAUAAGCAACGCUUUUACUUGACCGUAGUUUUCAAGGCAUCAUUUAGAAUCGUUUUUUAAAUCGUCCUUAUUUUAUUUGAGGGUAUUCAUUUCAACCGGUUAAUCUUUCCUACACGAGCGGAGGGUAGAAGAAAACCUGAUCGUCUUUCAGUUUCACUUAAGUAACGAGCACUUGCUUGCUUUUGGAAUUUGAAUUUUUUAUGGAAUUUUAGUCGUGCGCCAACAUACAAACUACGUCUUAGACACUAAAACCUUCAUAGCUCCAACAAUAAACCUUCAUGCGUACGUAAUUUAUACGUAAAAGGAACGUCACCCAAUAAUAAGUCUAAACUCAAGGGCUGCGAUGGUUGUUAUUAUUACGCAUGCUAAACCAACGCGAGGGUCUCAAUGUGUUCCCCGGAKCCUGAGUUCCUUCUGGUCAGAAAUGACGUACAAGAUUGCAAGGGUUUUCGGGAUAUCCUAAUGGAAGUUUCAAAGCAUGCGCGGUUGAGGUCACAUAACAAUCAAAAGAUUCAAACAUUCCUGGUAUAUGGCAGGAUCAUUCGCAUUAUUCUUAACUGAGAAACUAAACAUUUGAGGACAUCAAGUAACAUAAUUAUAGGUGGUCAAAAACAGUGAAUUAUGUGCAAAUCUUGGUAAAUUAAGUGGGUGGAAAAAAAUACAACAUAGCGAAGUCCUAAACUAGCUGCUUACACAUGACAGUAGAGACUAUGGGUCAAACACGAAAAUAAUGAAUGAAUAAAUGCAAUAAAUCAAGACAUUCUURAAACACUA